AUGGGUAACGGAUUGGUGACUGAUGAGACUUAUUCGAGACUUAUGGGUUUCGUUGCAGGAACCUUCUCUGGUGUCGCGAAGAAUACAGUAGGACAUCCAUUUGAUACCGUGAAAGUUAGAUUGCAGACAUCUCAAGGUACUGGCAGAUUCAAUGGUCCAUUAGAUUGUGUUGCGAAGACGUUGAAGCAGCAAGGUGUCCGUGGUCUUUACCUAGGUUUUACACCACCAUUGGUAGGAUGGGUCAUUAUGGAUGCAGUACUACUGGGAUCAUUGCACAACUAUCGUAUGUUGUUGCAUCAAUAUGUAUAUCCAUCUUACGAGAAACUGCCGUUAGCAGGAUGCGUUACCGCUGGUGUCAUGUCAGGCUGGACCGUUAGUUUUGUAGCUGCACCUGUGGAACUUGCCAAGGCUAAAUUACAAGUACAAUACGAUGCCAAAAAUGCUAAUUAUAAAGGUCCUAUCGAUGUUAUCAAAAAAGUGUACGGUGCAGAAGGUAUCAGAGGUCUUUACAAAGGUUUGAUCAGUACACUAAUCUUUAGAUCUCAUUUUGUAUUCUGGUGGGGGUCCUACGAACUAAUAACCAAUUGGUUCCAAACCCAUACCAAAAUGAGUGCUCCUGCAAUUAACUUUUGGGCUGGUGGUUUGAGUGCAUGUUUUGGAUUUUGGACCACCGCAUAUCCAAGUGAUGUAGUUAAGCAGGUUGUAUUGACCAAUGAUAAAUAUGGCAGUGAUUUUAAAUCUUGGAGAAUGGCAGUUAGGGACAUUUAUACACAGAGGGGAAUCAAUGGUUUUUUCAAAGGAUUUGUACCAAGCAUAUUAAGAUCUUUCCCAGCUAAUGCUGCAGCUCUAGCUGCAUUCGAAUUCGUUCUGCGUACCAGCGGUGCUAAACCAGCUUGA